AUGGAUAGCGAGACCGGAACCCCAUACGAUACUGACACCUUGCCUACCUACUCUCCCCCAUUCUCACAACUCCUAACAUCGAAAAAUCCUAUUUCCUCUUCUCCAACUUUCGCCCAACUCCCCCGCCAGACGAUCCGGCGCCUCGACACCUUGCCUACUAUCCCUAUCAGUACAGAUGCCCACCCGCCUGUCAAAUGGGCAACCUACAUAAAGAUGACGAAGUGGAAAAAGGCCAGAGAAGGGCAAGCGCCAGAGAAGGGAAAGCGCCAGACAAAGCAAAGCCCCUGUCCUCGCGGACGUGCUAUCACAGCAGCCGGCGUCGCAGGGUUACCUUGA